CUCGUAUUGCUUUCUUUUAUCGUUUUUCUCUCUGUAAAGCCACAAUAUCUUGUUUGCUCCACCAAUUUCACCUGCACCAAAGAUGUCCUGCCUGUUGCUUGGAGUACUAAAGAGGCGAAAUGCCAUCAGCACAGCUUCAGUGGGAGUGCGGUCGCUCGCCUCCAUCCCCUCUCUGCCUCCGUCAGUGGCAGAGUUCGUGUCAGGCGCAGCGGCUGAAUGUAAACCUGCUAAAGUGCACGUGGUCACAGGCACACCAGAGGAGACAGCAGACCUUCUGGCCAACCUGGAGAAAGAGGGCAUGGUAAAGAAGCUCGCCAAGUAUGAAAACUGCUGGCUGGCACGUACUGACCCUAAAGAUGUGGCUCGGGUGGAGAGCAAGACUGUGAUCGUUACUAAGAACCAAAGAGACACCAUUCCUAUCCCCAGCGGAGGUGCCAAGUCCCAGUUGGGUAGCUGGAUGAGUGAGCAAGACUUCCAGAAGGCUAGAGAAGACCGCUUUCCUGGCUGCAUGGCAGGACGCACUAUGUAUGUGAUCCCCUUCAGUAUGGGCCCAGUGAACUCUUCUCUUGCUAAGUUUGGUGUUCAGGUGACAGAUUCUCCCUAUGUGGUGGCUAGUAUGGGCAUCAUGACAAGGAUGGGGACACCAGUGAUGGAGAAACUUGCACAGGGAGCAGAGUUUGUUCGCUGCCAGCACUCUGUGGGCAGACCUUUACCACUUAAAGGCCCUCUAGUAAAUAGCUGGCCUUGUAACCCAGAGAAGGUGUUGAUAUCACAUCUUCCUGACACCAGACAGAUCCUGUCCUUCGGCAGUGGUUAUGGUGGAAACUCGCUCCUUGGAAAGAAGUGCUUUGCUCUUCGUAUUGCCUCACGCAUCGCCAAAGACGAGGGCUGGUUGGCUGAACACAUGCUGAUUCUGGGAAUCACAAAUCCUCAGGGUGUAAAACGGUACAUUGCAGCAGCGUUCCCAAGUGCUUGUGGGAAAACCAACCUGGCCAUGAUGAAGCCAUCUCUACCAGGAUGGAAGGUUGAAUGUGUGGGGGAUGACAUUGCCUGGAUGAAAUUUGACAGUCAGGGUAAACUCAGAGCAAUCAAUCCAGAGAACGGUUUCUUUGGAGUUGCCCCCGGGACGUCCCUAAAAACCAACCCUCAUGCCAUGGAAACCAUCUCCAGGAACACAGUGUUUACUAAUGUAGGAGAGACCAGUGAUGGAGGAGUGUGGUGGGAGGGUCUGGAACCUCCUGCACCAGGAAUCAAACUGACAGACUGGCAUGGGAAAUCCUGGAAGUAUGGUGAUUCUACACUGUGUGCUCAUCCAAACUCCAGGUUUUGUGCCCCGGCUGGCCAGUGCCCCAUUAUAGACCCUCUCUGGGAGAGUGAUGAGGGCGUCCCCAUUGAUGCUAUUGUAUUUGGAGGGAGAAGGCCAGAAGGUGUGCCUUUGGUGUAUGAGUCAUUUAACUGGCGUCAUGGUGUGUUCGUUGGUGCAGCUAUGAGAUCUGAAUCCACAGCUGCUGCUGAACAUAAAGGUAAAGUAAUCAUGCAUGACCCCUUUGCCAUGCGUCCUUUCUUCGGCUACAACUUCGGCGACUACCUUUCCCACUGGUUGAGUAUGGAGACACGCAAAGGCCCAACUCAGCUCCCUAAAAUCUUCCACGUCAACUGGUUCCGGAAAGAUCAGAAGACUGGCUCCUUUCUGUGGCCAGGAUUUGGAGAGAACGCCCGUGUCCUUGAGUGGAUCUUCAAACGAUGUGGCCGUACCAGUGAAAACGAGGCUGCCACCAAGAGCAUUGUGGGAUGGAUUCCACAAAAUGGUGCCAUAAACACAGAAGGCCUGGGUGGGAAUAUCGAUAUGGGUGCCCUCUUUGACCUGCCCAAACCCUUCUGGCAGAAGGAAACACAGGAGCUUCGGACCUACUUUAACCAGCAGGUUGGAGCUGAUCUUCCUGCUCAAGUUGAAGGAGAGCUGAAGGCACUGGAGGAGAGAGUGAGGGAUUGAACAGACACUAUCACAGUAGAUGUGAGAAAUAUGAUGGGUUGAGGUGGAGGUAACUGUUUUAUUGUGACUGACUGUUGCACUGCAGUGAAUGCUGCAUCUGAGAAACCAAAUACUUCACUAGAUGCCUUCUGUGGUAUCAGUACCUUAGUGCCUUUUUUAUCUUACGGUAGAAGCUAAAAACUCUAUUUAAUGUUUACAAGUUAUUUCCCAAAAUGCCAUUUUAGAUUAUCCCCAACAAACAUUUAUUGUGUUUAAAUUUCAUCUAAUAAACAUUGGCGUCUAAUAGACAUUCAAGCAUAGACAUCUAAUAGAAAUCCACAGAUUGGUGUCUUAUAGAUAUCCAAACAUAGACAUUUAAUAGACUUCCAAACACUGGCGUCUAAUAAACAUUUAAGCAUAGACUUCUAAUAGACAUCCAAAUACUGGCAUCUAAUAGACAUCUGAACAUAGACGUCUAAUAGACUUCCAAACACUGGCAUCUGAUAGACAUCCAAACAUAGAGGUCUCAUUAGGAUAUUGAGACUUAUAUAACUAACAACAGUGCAAAAAUAGACUAGUCAUCAAAAAGACAGCAUGUGAAAUAUGCCUAAUAUGUAUUUUUGAUGACUAGUCUAUUUUGGGCUAACGUCUUUUUCUGGAUGUCUAUUAUCGAUCUAUGUUAAGAUGUUUAUUAGAUGUUUUAUUUCGAAACACAAAACUGCUUGGUGGGUCAUUUUAGAUUAAAAAUGUCGACAUUAUGAAUUUAAACCACAACAUCAUUUUAAAGUGAUGAUUUGUCAGUACACUACAUAAUAGCUCAUAAUAGCUUGAGCAAAAAUAUCAGACAUGCAAUUAUGAAAAGCACCAAUAACAUAUAAUUUGUGCUUUUACUGGUAACCUAAUGAACUUUUUGAAUUUUUAUUUCCAAAGAAUUUGCCUUUUAUCAGUUGAAUGUGAUUGAUGUGAUUCAGGUUGAGCUAAGGUUGAAUGAUGGACCAAAGAGGACCGCCCAGUCUUAUUCAGUGAAUGUUCCUGUUUUUACCUGAGCUGGCCAAAUGAAUACAACUGUAAAUCAAA